AUGUCAGCCGCCUCCUCUACCUCCAUGCAAUUGGGAGGCUUCUUCACCAGCGCCGGUGUCAGGAGAGGCAGCCCCAUUAAAGUAGUUGACUACCUAGCCCCCACACUAACCCCUAUACCCAUUCACCCACCCAAACAGCCAAUACUUGUGUAA